CUUGAGGACCAUGCCGGCUCUCCUCUAAUCACCGGCAUACCUGGAGCAUGCCUGGGGAGGAAUUCGAGAGUGCUACUUCCCGAGCCCAGCCUGAGGCCAGGCUCGACAUGUGGCAUGUCCUACGGUUCAAAACGAGCAUCCGACAGAUCCAUAAAUACUUUACACUUGAAGUUUCACAAAUCUGAUACCACAGACUCCAUAAUGGAAGAACAAGAAGUAAAGGAGACAAUGCUGAUGGGCAGAGACAUAAGCCAUAUGCCAUGCUUCCGUCAAACAUUUCUCUACAGUAUUAGCUCUGGGCUUGCAGUUGGUUUCCUCAAUUUCAUGCUGACAUCAAGAGUCCAGCGCUCGGCACAUUUAGCUUUCGGCACAUAUGGAUGUGUUACAUUAGCAUACUGGUCAUACUGUCGGUACAACUUCUCAAAGGAGAAGUUUAACAUGGGCCUGCUCCAGGGCGCUAUGCAAAAGCAAGUUCUGUAUGAAGGCACUGAAAUGGAAAAAAUAGUUAAGCAAAAUUGAGUAAUAAAUGUAUAUACUGUACAUAUUUAUUAUAUAAUUAUAUAUAUAA